GAGAAUGUUGUUGGUUUAUGUUUUAUUGCCCAGGACAUAACUAUGCAGAAGAGUAUUAUGGACAAGUUCACCCGAAUUCAAGGUGAUUACAGAGCUAUUAUACAAAAUCCUAACCCGUUGAUCCCUCCAAUAUUUGGCACUGAUGAAUUUGGCUGGUGUUCGGAGUGGAAUUCUGCAAUGACAAAAUUAUCAGGCUGGAGUAGAGAGGAUGUUAUUAAUAAAAUGCUUUUGGGGGAGGUUUUUGGGACACAUACAGCCUGCUGCCGUCUUAAGAAUCAAGAAGCUUUUGUAAAUCUUAGUAUUGCUCUCAACAAGGUUGUAACAGGUCAAGAAUCUGAAAAAGUUCCAUUCGGUUUUUUAUCAAGGAGUGGGAAGUACGUGGAGUGCCUGCUAUGUGUGAGCAAAAAGAUGGAUGGGGAAGAUGCAGUAACUGGUGUCUUUUGCUUCCUGCAACUUGCAAGUCAAGAGCUACAACAAGCACUGCAUGUUCAACGCUUAUCAGAGCAAGUUGCAGUUAAGAGAUCGAAAGUCUUAGCUUACAUAAGACAGCAAGCUAAUAAUCCUCUUUCUGGGAUUAUAUUUUCGCGGAAGAUGAUAGAAGGAACUGACCUUGAUGAAGAGCAGAAAAAACUCUUAAGUACUAGUUCUCAUUGUCAGCAUCAGCUCAGCAAAAUUCUUGAUGACACAGAUCUUGAUAGCAUCAUUGAUGGGUACAUGGAUCUGGAAAUGGUGGAAUUUAAGUUAGAUGAUGUAUUGAUAGCUUCCAUCAGCCAAAUUAUGGUAAAGAGCAAUGGAAAGGGUAUUAUGAUAGUUGACAAUUUGGACAAAAAAAUAUCAGCCGAAACACUUUAUGGAGACGGUCUAAGGCUUCAACAAGUACUGGCAGAUUUCUUGUUAAUAUCAGUUAAUUUUACACCAAGCGGAGGCCAGCUUGGUGUUGCAGCCAACUUGACUAAAGAUUCUUUAGGUGAAUCUGUUCAGCUUGCCCAUCUGGUAUUCAGGUACGAGCCAAACAUGAACCUACAAUAUUUUUUGGAGGUUAUUCUAGAUUAUAUAAGUUUCCUGGAAUGCUUAAUUUUUCAUUCGACUAAUGCAGUUUGCAACAUACAUGAUAUAUAAAGCAUAAAUGGGGGCUUUUGUUCCCUUC